UUUUAUGUCACGCGAGGGCUCGGGGAGAGAAGGCGGGAAACGCAUCAAGCCAAAACAAACUCCUGCCUUUCGAUUCUCUACACUUCCCACUCUCUCUCUCUCUCUCUCUCUCUCUCUCUCUCUCUCUCUCUCUCUCUCUCUCUCUCCUUCAUGGACAAGUACUUGGUUCCUCUUUCUCCGACAUCUGAAGCUCCCAAGCCAAAUCUAAGGCCUCGAUGGAAGAGGAGCCUCGUUGAACUGCACGGCAGGUUCCAAUCCAAGUACCGCCACGAAUUCUCCGGUUUAUUGAUGCAAUCCUAUUCCCAGGUCGGAUCGUAUGCUCAUUCGUAUCAUAUUGGCGGAGUACCGUGCCAGACGCAUGUAAAUGGCAUUGCUGAUUUUGCUGAUGUGCAUCCCCGGCAGGCAAUAAAAAAGCAGGGCAUCUCUUCACUGGAUUUUGACACCAAGGGAAUUUACUUAGCAUCAGUAACAAAAUUGGGGUGCUUAACAGUGCAUGACUUUGAAACUCUUCAUUGCAAUGGCUAUGAACUCUCUCCAUGCUUGAAGGAAGAUGAAACUACACAUUUGCUGCACCUUUCUACACAUCAGCAACUUGACAUUGUUCGGUGGAAUAUUGCUAACCAAGAUGAGAUAGCAUGUGCGUCUAUGAAAAGCAAUGAAGUGCUAAUUUUUGAUGUUGGUUAUAUCUCCUCAAGACCAGUUGAGGUGUUAAGAAAAAGGCAUGCUAUCACUGUACAUGGGUGUGACAUUCAAAAAGGUUUAUCUGAUAUAGCGUUUAUCUCAAAUGAUGAAUCGAGGUUACUUGCUUCUGAUAUCUAUGGGGCAAUCAAUCUUUGGGAUAGAAGGAUGAGCGAUCUUCCAUGUCUUGAGCUAAGAACUAAUUCCGGUGGCACUCUUAACAGCAUUCAAUUAGAUGUAGAAAAUCAGAUCAUUUUUGGGGCUGGUAAACAUGGGAAUAUAUAUAUGUGGGAUCUUCGGGGAGGAAGAACAUCAGCUGCUUUUCAAAGCCAUAAAGAGGUUCAUCAUCAUCCUUUAACAUCUAUCAAAUUGGCAUCAGUGCUGGAGAAAAUUGGGUCUUUGAAGGCACAAUCUGACAUCAUUCCAAAGGAGGUACACUCAAUCAAUCUUGAUCCAUCUUGUCCAUAUCAAUUGGCAUUUCAUCUUGAUGAUGGGUGGUCAGGCGUUUUGGAUAUACAUAAUUUUCAAGUGACCCACAUUCAUUGCCCUCCCCCAGCUUGGCUGAAUGGCUCAAAUUUAUCUUCUGAUCUAUCGUACUUGAGAAAACCAUCAUGGCUACCAACAUCUUCUAUCUAUGCAAUUGGGUCAUCAUCUGAUGCUGGAAUUCAUCUUCUAGAUUUCUAUCCAGAUCCCAGCUCUCCUUGCCAUGUAGACUAUGAUGAGAAUAUGCAGAUCAUUUUUGGAAUAAAGAACAGACAUAGGCAGAAUAGCUUUGUUCCAUUGACAGAAAUUGUUACUGUGUGCGCCACGCAUCCCCUCGAUGGCUCUAUAGUGGCUGGAACCAAGCAAUCAUCUUUGCUGGUGAUUUCUCAGAGGCAUCAGUCAUGUAAAGGAUGUGAAGAUUUUCCGAGCAUUAAACCAGAGAGGUAGAAGCUGAAAAGAAAAACUUCAGUUCCGGAUCUUUCAUUUUAAUCCGUGUGAAGCCGAUAUGUCCAGGGCUAAAGAAAAACACCAGGGUAAUCAUCGGAGGUUUGACACGUGUACAGGUGAAUCAGAAUGUGAACGCAACGGGAAGUGCUUGGCAAUCAGAUGGGCAAUGCCUGGCACUGAUAAGGUGGUGUUUGGCAACAUUUAUAUUGAUUAUUGGAGUAUCACUUCUCGAACAAGUGUUCUAUAUUAAUUAACCAGUACAAAAUGCCUUUAUAUAUAUAUUUAUGUAAAAUCAAAACUCAGUAUUAUAAAUCCCGAUCAAACUAUGGGCUGCUUUAUGUAUUUAUAUGGAGCAUUAUGUCAAAUAUUUUUGUCAUAAAAAGCUGCUUUGCCUACAAGGCCCAAA